AUGCAUUUCCCAUUACAGAUCAUGGAAUUGCAGCACACACUGGAAGAUCUCUCGGCUCGCGUGGAUGUGGUGAAAGAGGAGAACUUGAAACUGCGUUCCGAAAAUCAAAUCCUCGGUCAAUACAUUGAGAAUAUGAUGGCUAAUUCGUCAGUCUUCCAGUCCACCUCACCACGCUCGGCUUUAUCUGUUGUUCUUAUCGUCUUCGUUGUUACUAACAUUAUUAAACCACUCUUAUCUCCAUGGCUUUCAUUUAUUUCGCGCAUUGUUUUCGUUUGUCAUUUGCUAUGUUUUGCUGCAUACUUCGUGACUGUGCUUCCUUUGUUCACUUUCCUCUUUUCAAGUUCCAUACACACACACACAAGCGGAAAAUCUCAACAUUCAAAUGCACGAUUACGACAAUUUUAA